GUGACCUUUCACGGGUUCGGUUACGUUCGGCAACCACGCAUGUACUCCUUUGGCAUGAUCUCGGUAUCCUUUUGAUACCACGAGAUCGCCAACAAAUACAUCUCGACUACAGCCAUCAACUGCCUUUUGAUAUUUAGCUUACGGGGGAUUUUAUCGAUCAACUGGCCCGUAAUCUUCUUGUAGUGCUGUUCAUAGUCGACCGCGAUUCGACUUCAUGCUACAAGUGUUUGAUGUUGUUGGUCUUGCCACUCAGUCACAGUGGUCCUGCAUGUUUCGACAGGGAGUUUGAGAUUGGAACGAAGUGCUGUUGCUUGGAAAAUUAAGAUAUAUAUAUAUUAUGCGUAGUGACAUUUCUCACCUUUUAUCCAGUGCCAUUAAUGAAAAAUGAUAGUCUCUGAUAAUGUAUGACUAUUGGAUGAUUCUUCCUUCUCAGAAAACGUAUCACAAACACAGGGCUACCUUUGCUUCUCAGAAAUAUAGACUAGCAUACAAAAAGUCACGGAAGAUGAACCUGAAAACGUGAGUUAUUUAGAACCCAUCCGAUUCACAAACACCAUACAUAGAUCAACCCAAACAACUUCAUUAAUACUUAUGAUGUUGCAAGUUAAUAUAUUUUUGAAUGACAAACAGAAACUUCAUGUACGUAAAUUCAAAUCAUUCAAAUCCAUUAAUCACUAAACGAUGCUGUUUACCCUAUUGCGGCUUAUUAGAACAUGUUCAUAUUUCGCUUCUCUUUAAUUUUAUGUUCUGUCGGCACCUUAGAUCAAUUUCUGCUAUAUUCUGCACUACAUAUCCUUACGAUUUAUUCCUCUGGCAGACUCAUAUACGACAAAUGACUUGUUAAACAGUUUUCACGGUAUUUCGAAUCGCUCAUAUGAAUAUGUCAUUGUAUCGUCCAGAGAGUCACGACGCAAAUGCAUGUUAUUUUUCUGUACUCUUAUCAAUUUGCUCAUAAUCACGUGCCAACAAUUCCUUUUUUCUCUUCUUUACGAUAUUAAUCUACUUCUUAACGUAAGCAUGACACUUUUGUAUAAUGUACUGACCGCUCACGUGACAAUACACUAUUUGAUAUAUUACAAUUUUUCCGCUACUUAUUGUUAACGUUAACCACAUAACUCUUCUGUGUUGCUUUCGAAAUUAGAUGUCUUUUUGAAGCAAAUGUACUAUUUUUUACAGGAGGCUCUGUAGUUGCUGGUACUAUGUCAACCCCACAUUGGUUGUUGUAGCCAAUUUAUUUCUUAUCCUCAAGCCUCAAUUUGACCUUAUCAAUCAUUCGCUUUUCAACCUUGACUGUUUUUGUAUGCGAGUGUGUGUUAAUUACUUGCUCUCUUCACUAAAAAUCGCAUCUCUUAAGGUAAAUGCCUUCUUGAUCCCCUUCACAACAAUUCGAACAAUUCUGAACCGCUUGAGGCAGUUAACCACGACUUUGGUUCAGUUAUAUUCGUUUCAGAGCUAGUGGUAAAAGAGAGCAAGAUGAAGAUCACCGUCAAAGGUUUCGCAGUGAAAUAGAAGGGGAACCUAUGAUAACACACAGGUUAAUAUCCAUAUCGUUUUCAUCGUUGUAAUGUUUGGUGAAUUCAUGUUUCGUCAGUUUUCGAAAGUAAUGAGAUCAAUGUAAACGCCUUUAAUAUUACGAAGCUGAUGGAAACAGUGGUUCAGAGGAUUUGGUUAUACCAGUUCUUUCUCGGUUUCCCAUACAAUUAGUUCAAUUAUUACCUUAUAUUUAUGCCUUCAGCUUCUGAGAAAUUCAAACAAGAAAAGCACUUAUCCAUAAUCAAUAAGGAUUGUUCACAACACGGACGUUAAACUGAAGGAACAAACGAUUUCUUUCUAUCUCUCUUAGAAAAAGUUUGAUACUUGAAGACAUUGAAUGUGUGAUUGCCUUGGUCAACAAUCACUGCGCAUUCCAAGGAUCUUAUGAGUCAUGACAACCCCGAUACUGUAUAGAAGAUGUGUUAAUUGCAAGGAAAAUAUAACAGAAUUGAAUUUCGAUAUACACGAGGCAUUUUGCUGUCGAAAUGUGAUAAUAUGCCCAGAUUGUGGUGUCAGCCUUCUGAAAACAAAGUUAUUGGAGCAUCAGCUGGAUGAGCAUAGUAAAAUUAAGUGUACAUAUUGUGACUCUUUAUUUCAAGAGUCCAGUGUUUUGGAACAUGAAUUUAUAUGCCCUAGACGACUUGUGGAGUGCGCUUUUUGUAACUUGGGGGUGACCAUAGACCUAUUAGAAGACCACGAGUACACAUGUGGUGCUAGGACAGAACGCUGCUCAGAAUGUGGGGACUUCGUGAUGCUUAAAAGCCGUCAAACUCAUCGCUGUAAGAAACCCAUAGAAUGUCUUACAAACCUACAGAAUGAUCUCGAGAAAGACUUCUGUGUGGCGUUGAAUUUGCAAUAUGAAGAUUACAUUCAAAAUGUACAUUCCACAACACUCCAAAAACAUAUAGGAAGUCAGACUGACACCUCACAUCAUAAAACAACUGUUGAGAGACGGUCAAAUGAAAAUGACGUGGAUGAAUGGGAGUCAAAUUCGAUAAUACCGUGUGAAUUUUGUCAUUCCUGUUAUUCAAUAGAUAUGAUUCAUGAACAUCAAGUUUUGUGUUUACUUGAAAAUGAUUCAUUGAUGUCGGCAACAGAAGAACAGACGAAUAAACCCAACGAUUUAUGUAAUCAAGUAACUACAAAUACAGAAAGAACACCGAACUCUUGUAACAUUUCACAAGCAGCUGGAUCCUGUGCUAACCCAUCAAUGAUCAAUUCUAUAAAAGUACAAUCUAAAAAGUUUCCUUCCACAUCCCAACAAUUAAAAUCAACCAAUAGAAAAUCUGUUCAAUGUUCUACAUCAUCAACAUCCUCGUCAUCAUCAUUAACAUUACCACAAAACAAUACAAAACAUAUUAAAACUUCAAUGAAUCCAUUUUCUUCUUCCAGAAUAAAUAACAAAACUAUUUCAAUGAAUAAGAAUAAAGAUCCUUUAAAAUUAGUAAAUAAUCCAUCUAAAAAUUGUUUUAUCACUAAAACUGUAAAUCAUUCACUUGAUUCGAAUUCAUCAUUAAAUUUACAAAAGAUGAAGAAAAAUAAUACAAUAAAGUCUAAAGGUUUUUCUAAGUAGGAUUGAAUGAAUAAGUCAAAGAAAAUGAUGAUGGAAUAAAUUGUCAAUGGAUUUUAGAAAUUGAUUUUGUUCAUUCAAUCAUUUAAAUGAUCAUUCUAUUUACUUCAAACAAAUCCAAUAUAUGUUUCCUUCUAGUACAUCAGAUUUCCUUGAUAUUAUAAUAAUUUCAAUAGUUUAGAUCAUGAGUCAAUUGAAGCUAGACUAAUAUGGAAUACUUGGAAACAUUGGACAGUGAGAGAUUGAUAGGUCAUAAGUUUGAAUCUCGCAAGGCAAGAUUGUGAAUAUGCACUGCUGAGUAGUAGUCCCAUAAUAGGACGAAAUGACCGUCUAGUGCUUCCACGUUUUUCAUGUUAGUCUAGCUUUAAUUAACUAUUCAUGAUUUCAACUAUUGAAAUUAUAAUAAGGUUUUUUGAUUAAAAUAAAUUCAUUGUCUUAUUUCAAAGCUUUUUGUUAGGUCCCGAUAAACAUAAUGAAUGGUAACUUUGGGAUCCUUUUAUGGACCAAUACUAAAUGUAUAUUUUUAUCGUUUAAUUAUUAAAUAACAAAACUAUUCAUAUUCAUGUUCUUCUUAUUACAAGCUUUAUUUUGACCUAUUAACCAUUAUUAUACGUUUGUUUAUUAGUUACUGCCUCCCGCAUUCACAGCCACAUUUGGGCAAAUUUUGUACAAAUGUUAUUUUCUAUUUUAUGGUACGUUGUGGUUGGUUUGUGUUAUGUCUUUAAGUUGGGUCGAUUUUUACCCUGUGCUAAUUGUUGUGUCCUUGACUGGAAAAUUAGAGAGCAGCGUAUUUAUCGAUCGAUUCAAUGACACGUAAACACGUACGGACGGCCUAGAGUCUCGAUUGGUCCCACUUCCUUGUCUAGCCCAGUCAGUUGAGUCCAGAACACAAGUCACAGCCUCGGAGAUAUGAAUCAUGAUAUUUCAAACAUACUUUGUUUAUAUACCAAUCAAGCAUACCACAUCGUACCAUAAGAUAGAAAACAACAUUUUGUACAAUAUUCAACAAGUGAACAGAUAUCGACCAAUAGGAAAUGUCCAUUUAAAGUCCAAGGACACCAUUGGACUUAACAUGAUAAUUAUUGGUCUAUUCCUCCGCAUCCACAACAGUUUGAUUGGUAUAUAAACUCAGUAUGUUUGAAAUAUGAUGAUUCAUAUCGCAGAGGCUCGGAUUGAUGUUCAGGGCUUAACUGGCUGGGCUAGGCGGAAGGUAGGGCCAAUCAAGACUCUAGGCUGCUUAUACGGGUUUACGCGUCCUUGAUCCGAUCGAUAAAUCACUGCUCUCUAAUCGGCGGUCACAAGUUAUAACACUUUCUCUUAUCAUUUUCAAAUAACUUAAAAUUAUAAAUAGUCGUAUGUUUCUAAA